AUGAGCAUCUUCUCCUAUAUCCGGAGCAUUUAUGCUCUGGACACCAUUGAUACCCGGUUUACCAGCUCUUCCUCUACGCCCUACAAGGCUGUCAUAGAUGCACGUCUCAGCCCUGCGGCCUCUACAUCCAAGAGAGACGACUCUGUAUAUUCACCUGGCGUCAAGACAGAUCGCCAUGGACGCCCCGUGGCCCAACCCUCGAAAUGGAAUACCCCUGAAUUCUACUUUUACUAUUUUGUAUUCUUAACUAUUGUCCCAUAUAUGUUCUGGAUCGCGUAUGAUGUGUCGAGACCCUCAGAUCCCAAUUACAAGAAAUUCGAGCCAUGGCUAUCCCCUGGGUGGGUUCCGGGUCGCAAGAUUGAUCUUUCUGACGCUCAAUAUUCGAGCUUCCGAAGAAACCUGCCAUAUCUCGCGAUCCUCGUAACCUUUCAUCCACUUCUACGAAAAGUUUAUAAUGCAUUACGGCCCCUACCUAUACGAAGCAAUUCCCCAAGACCGAAUGGGAAAUCCACGUACAUUUCUGCGGCAGAAGCGGAUGACCGACUGGAGCAACGCGCGUCAUUCGACUUCGGAUGGGCAUUUAUAUUCCUAGCAGCGCUGCACGGCUUUUCCGCCUUGAAGAUUCUCUUGAUAUUAUCUGUCAACUACUCUUUGGUAACGAGGCUCCCUCGAAAAUACGUUCCAGCAGCAACUUGGGUCUUCAAUAUUUGCACGCUCUUUGCAAAUGAGCUUUCAGAUGGAUUCAAGUUUAGCAAGAUGGCCAUCUAUUUCUCGCCAAUUGAAUAUGGCGGAGCCCAUUCGGGGAGCCUGUUACAUGCCUGGGCAGCGUGGCUUGAUAGCCAUGGUGGUAUUCUACCUAGAUGGCAUGUUCUCUUCAACUUGACAGUAUUGAGAAUCAUUUCGUACGAUCUGGACUAUUACUGGAGUCUAGACGCGAGGGGGGGAAAGAAACAACUCGACCCCGCCAAUCUCUCUGAGCGCGAUCGAGUCUCCAUUCCAGCGCCUACGAAAGAUUUCAACUUCCGCAACUACGUUGCCUACACAAUCUACGCGCCCCUAUACCUCACCGGUCCGAUCCUCACCUUCAAUGACUACAUCUCUCAACUCAAGUACCCUCCUGCAUCAAUCGAAACGGCGCGUACCAUUAAAUACGGCUUGCGCUUUUUGCUCGUGCUCCUUGCCAUGGAGCUUGUCCUGCAUUUCGAUUAUUGCGUCGCAAUUUCCAAAGCAAAUCCGAACUGGGACGACUACACUCCAGCUCAACUGUCUCUGCUCUCAUAUUUCAACCUGCAUAUCCUGUGGUUGAAAUUACUCAUUCCAUGGCGGUUCCAUCGUCUCUGGUCGCUGAUAGAUGGGAUUGACCCGCCCGAGAACAUGCUCCGAUGUUUGUCCGACAACCCCUCCACAAUCGCUUUCUGGCGUGGCUGGCACAAGUCCUUCAACCGCUGGUUGAUACGCUACAUUUACAUUCCGAUGGGCGGCGCGGAUUCUUCGACUUGGAUCUCAACUAUUCGCUCCUUUGUCAACUACUUGACUGUGUUCACAUUUGUGGCGUUAUGGCAUGACAUCAAAUUAAACUUGCUCAUUUGGGGCUGGCUGAUUGUGCUUUUCAUGUUACCGGAAGCUAUCGCUGGGUAUGUGUUCCCGCCACGGAAAUGGGAGGAUAGAAAGACGGCAUAUAGAGUGAUUUGUGGCAUUGGGGCGGUGGGUAAUCUGAUGAUGAUGAUGAUAGCGAAUUUGGUUGGGUUUGCGGUUGGCGUGGAUGGGUUAAAACGUAUUAUUUCUGGGAUAUUUAAGGAUUUUUCGGGUAUGACAUUCCUAGUCACAGCAUCAUCGGUGCUUUUUGUGGGAAUACAGGUCAUGUUUGAGGUACGGCAAGGAGAGGCACGGAAAGGCAUUUAUCUCAGAUGCUGA